AGGCUGAUCGCGAUCGCGAUCGCAAUCGCAAUCGCCGAGUCACGAGUCACGAGUCAGGAGUGUGUCCAGCCUGUGCGUGCGUGCGCUGCUCUGCUGGAUGCGGGCAAGAGCGCCGGCGGCAAUUAAGCAAGAACUCGUCGUCUUUUCCCUCCUCUCUGCCCCACUGUUACCCCACAUUGAGAAGCCGGAGCCCCUUGCGGUCCGCGACGCGCUGCCAAAUUAUAGCUCUCGCCGCGCGCGCGGUGACCUUUCAUGCCUUCUCGCGCGAUGGCGCCUCCCCUUUCGCCUCGCCAGAGCGUGCGGGGAGAAGAGGGCAUCGUACGCGCGUUUGCAAAGGCAUUCGCGAUCCCGCGGUCUCAAAGUUCAUGUCAUGCAUGUAUGCAGCAUUUUCAAGCAUCCCCCCGCCCGGUCUAUGGUGUCACUCGCGAAUGACAUGACGAGUGAUCACGCCGGCGCAACACAAAGUAGUCGUGCUGUCACGAAUGCAUGGGUACGGCCGGCAUUGGCGCCGAUCCAGCCGCGGGACGCACGGAAUGUGUUGCAUUCGCAUUCGCAUCAGCUACGGUCUGCGGUUCCUGCGUUUGUGCUCCCACCUCGAGCAUCGCUAUACAAGGACAGUCGCGCGUAAAAGGACCGGGGCGGGGAGAGGUGCUCCUCGCCAAGAGCGUCGCUCGGCAACCCCCUUUUGUGCUAUGAACACCGCGGGCGAUGAAUUGACGCCAAGUUGGUUGUAGGCACUACUUUACAAGGUGGCCCGUGCCGCCAAACAGGCUCUUCUUCCUGCUCGUCGUCGAUGGACGCAGGAAUCAGCACAGACGUUGGCAAGCACGGCCGACCCUGCCUAGACUCACACAAAGGCGUCGCUCAGGAGCAUCUCGGCAUCCCUGUCGCUCCAAUCACCCGUAGGCAAGCUUUGGAGGAACAUGAUGAUGCCUUGGAAAUCCAUCUUGAGCAGCUCCGAGCUCCACUUGCUCAAAAAGACGCUGC